GCCGGAGCAGCUCGCCGGUUCCGAGGGACCCUCGGGGCGCUGCAAGAGCGCGCCAGGUGGGCGGAGCUGCUCCGGGACUUUAAGCGCUUCUUGCCCUGUGCCCGGCGACUGCAUCCAUUCUCUGCCCGGCUUUGCAGUCACAGCUCCUUCUUGGAACAAUGGGUGAUCCGAGGCGACUUGUAGGCUGCCUGGCUCUGCUGAGUCUCCUCGGCUUGAACAGACUUGAAAAUUACUGUGAAGCAUAUAAUAUUGGCCUUGAAGGAGCUAAAGUGUUUUCUGGUUCCCGAAAUGAACAAUUUGGAUAUUUAGUUCAACAGAUUGCAAACCAAGAAGGCAAAUGGUUGCUUGUCUCUUCACCCUGGAGUGAAAAUAGAAUGGGAGAUAUCUAUAAAUGUGCUGUUCAUCAACAGGGAUCCAAAUGUUCCAAGAUGGACCUACAGACUGUUACAAGCAUACCAAAUGUUAAUGAGAUAAAGAAGGACAUGAACCUAGGAUUAACUCUAGUUAGAAAUCCAAGAACUGGAGGCUUUUUGGCAUGUGGUCCUUUGUGGGCUCAACAGUGUGGAAGCCAGUACUAUGCAACAGGAAUCUGUUCUGAAUUCAAUCCCAGUUUUCAGAUCCUGAGAAGUUUUUCACCUGCAGUGCAAAACUGUUCUUCAGCCAUUGAUGUGGUGGUCAUAUGUGAUGAGUCAAACAGUAUUUAUCCAUGGGAUGCUGUGAAAGAUUUUUUGAAAAAAUUUAUUCAAGGUUUGGAUAUAGGGCCAACAAAAACACAGGUAGGCUUAAUUCAGUAUGGCAAUGACCCAAGAGUUGUUUUCCAUCUGAAUACCUACACUGACAAAAAGGCUGUUGAACAAGCAAUGUCGGAGGAGAAUUUACUUGUUCAAAAAGGAGGGGACCAAACUAAUACGUUCAGAGCCAUUGAAUAUGCCAGGCAACAUGCUUUCUCAAAAGAAGCAGGUGGGCGACCGACAGCCUCAAAAGUCAUGGUGGUUGUCACAGACGGUGAAUCACAUGAUGGCUCAAUGUUGCCAGAAGUAAUAGCGAAAUGCAAUUCGGAUAAUAUCACGCGGUUUGGCAUAGCUGUAUUAGGAUAUUUAAUUAGAGAGAAACAGGAUACUAAAAAACUUAUCAAAGAAAUCAAAGCAAUUGCUAGCCAGCCUACAUCCAAUUUUUUUUUUAAUGUGUCCUCUGAGGAAGCACUUUUAGAAAAAGCAGGAACACUGGGGGAACGAAUUUUCAGCUUAGAAGGUACUGAUCAAGGUGAUUUGUUCCAGAUGGAAAUGUCACAAGUGGGUUUCAGUGCUUCUUAUUCACAUCAAAAGGAAGUGCUGAUGUUGGGUGCUGUUGGGGCCUAUGAAUGGACUGGAACAGUAGUCCAAAAGAGAGGAGAAAAAAACACUAUAUAUCCCAAUACAACAUUUCAAAAUGUUUUGCAAAAUAGUCGGAACUCCUACUUAGGUUAUUCUCUCGCUGUUCUUUCCCUGGAAAACUCAGUCUUUUAUGUUGCUGGUGCUCCCCGUUCCAAUUAUACUGGCAGAGUUGUGAUUUAUCGGGUUGAUGACUAUGGCAAGAUAAUCAUCAUUGACUCUCAAAGAGGAGAGCAGAUUGGCUCUUAUUUUGGCAGUGUGGUGUGCUCUGUGGAUAUCAGUGGAGACUCCAUAACAGAUGUGCUUUUGGUUGGGGCACCCAUGUUUAUGAAUAAUUUUAAAAAAGAAGAAGGAAGAGUCUAUAUGUUCACAGUCACAAAGGGAAUUUUGGACAAACGAGAAGUCCUUGAAGGUCCUGAGGGACUGGAAAAUGCUCAGUUUGGAUCUGCUAUCACUGCUGUUUCUGAUAUUGAUUUGGAUGGCUUUAAUGAUGUAAUUGUUGGAGCACCAUUAGAAAAUGAGAAUGCAGGUGCUAUAUAUGUUUACAAUGGUAAACAAAAAACAUUGCACACUAAGUAUUCCCAGAAAAUUUCUGGAUCAAAUCCUGCAUUUGCUCAGCAACUCCAGUAUUUUGGAAGAGCAAUAGAUGGCUAUACUGAUUUAAAUGAUGAUGGAAUUACUGAUGUGUCUGUGGGUGCCAGUGGAAAUGUAAUUCAACUCUGGUCACAGAGUAUAGCCAAUGUGACUGUACACGUUUUAUCUACUCCUACGAAGAUCAGUCUGCAGAACAAGAGCACAGAAAUAGAUUUAAAUAUAUGUUUUGGUGUAACUUAUAGACCUAUCCAUACCAGUGAUAAAGUGGAUAUUAGGUACAAUCUAACAUUGGAUGCCGAUCUCUUAUCUUCACACGUUACUUCUAGAGGAUUAUUUAAAGAAAAUAAUGAGCGGUCUCUGCAGAGUAGUAUCGUAGUCCAUUCUCCGAAGACAUGUGUAAAUCACAUUUUUAAUGUGCAGGUACCUUCUGAUGCUAUUGACUCCCUUAAUGUGCGCAUUGAUAUUAAGCUCAAGAACCCCAACUCAAGUCCUGUUCUUGAUAAAACAUCUCCUACGUCUCUUGUUUACAGCAUACCAUUUGUCAAAGAUUGCGGCGAAGAUGAAGUUUGCAAGACAGAUCUCGUUCUGAAAGUUGAACAGAAAAAUAUUGGGAGCAACAAAGAGUAUUUUCUUGUCACCAAUAAAAACAAAAGACUGACAUUUAGUGUGAAGUUGAAAAACAUGAAUGAAAAUUCAUACAACACCAGAAUUCAAGUGGAUUUUUCUGAAAACUUGCUUUUUGCUUCUUUUUCAGCGGUGGAUAAAAGCGAAGUUUUAUGUCAGGCGGCAGUCGUCCAUCAUCUUCUUGUCUGCCAAAUCAGCUAUCCUGUUUUUAAAGCAAGGCAAGAGGUAUCCUUUGAUAUUAAUUUUGAUUUCCGUUUGGAAAAUCUUCAGAAUGUGGCAGUAUUACAUUUUCAAGCCUUGAGUGCAAGUAAUGACGAAGAUUAUACAAACAAUCAGGUGAACCUGACACUUCCACUUCGUUAUGAUGCAGAACUUCACUUAAUGAGGUUUACCAGUAUGAACUUCUACGAGGUGUAUUCUAAUGAUAGUGUUUACACCGUGGUGAAUAAUUUUGAUGAGAUUGGACCUGUAUUUAAUUUUUCAGUCAAGGUCACAAGAGGAAAUAAUCUAAUCAAUGCAGCAACUUUAAAAAUUCAUAUCCCUACUCAAACUAAGGAAAAUAACCCUUUGAUGUAUGUGACUGCAGUGCACACCAGUCAGGGCAGUGACAUCAAUUGUCAUGGACUCAUCAAUCCACAUAAAAUUGGAUCACAAAGCUAUGCUGCAUCAUUUCAGAAAGAAAACUUCAAAGAUUUGGAAGAAUUGAACUGCAAGAACGUUAGAUGUGAUACAAUCACGUGCAUGUUAAAAGAUAUAUCCCUGAAACCUGAAAAUUAUGUUAAUAUUUCUACUAGAAUCUGGAAUGGGACAUUUGUAACUUCAGUCUUCCAGAAAAUAGAAUUAUCUGCAAGCGCCGAAAUUGAUACCCAAGAUUCCGAACUGUUUAUAACAGGAGAAAACACUUUAUCUAUUCCAAUUACAAUAAGCAAACCUGAUGAGAAAGCAGAAAUACCCAUUGGAAUUAUAAUAGCAAGUGUCCUUAUCGGUCUUCUCUUGCUAAUGAGUCUUAUUGCUGUUUUAUGGAAACUUGGUUUCUUCAAGAGAAAAUACAAGAAAAUGGGGACAGAUUUGGAAGACAUGGAUGAGAUUACGGGACUUACUAACGACAGAGAAUGAACAUAGCAGAAAUAUUCCCAAGUGUACGAAUCUUGAGCCACAAACAGUGCUUGCAAUUACACUGUUUAAUUUCUACGAGUGCCUUAUGAAAAGGUUUUACAUUUUUUAUAAGUGAAAAUAUACAUAUAACUGCUGGUCAGUUUCGGCUUUUGUUUACAGUUGUAUAAAGAUUUUGUUUUUAUAUUUUCUACUGUUAAUAAUGGAUCCUUUGAAUUGGCGGGGCCAGAAAGAAUGCUGAAAACUCCCAGGAAUACUGCUUUGUAUCCUUGAUAAAGAGUACAUGUGGAAUAGUUUGUCUUUAUUUACCAGUAACAGGGCCUGUUAUUUUCAUCCUGCAGUCAAAAUCUGUCCUUGAGUUACUCAAAAGUUUACACACACUGAGCAGUGCUAGCUCCUCACAGUUGGUAUCUGGAUUCAGAUAUUACAUUAAACCAUAAAUUGGUUUGUUUACUCUGUGACUAAAUGUCACAUGUGAGCAGAACCAUUGGAGUUAGCACAGAAUUGCUCAACACAAUACAGCUAUUUGUAGCUUAUUGUUGCACCAAAGAAAGGAUAGCAUUUAUUCAUUUACGCAUUGUCUGAAAAAGCUGGAGAUAUGAUCGCAAAGAUUACUAAAUGUGUUAUUGUAUGACAUGGUUUUUGUAUGACAUGGCUUAGUACUGGUUGCGUACCCAAGCUGUAAAAUAAACUGUACAUUAAGAACAGACCUUCUAAAACAGGUGUCAAACUCAAAUUUCAUUCAGGGCCACAUCAGGCCUUCAAUGAGUUUGACCUCAAGGGGCUGGAGUGGGCAUGGCCAGCAUGACAUCACUCAUGUCAGGGGCACCUGUGGUGGGGGCACCAAGUGCUCUGCCGGUGAAAACGGGCUCCCGGGCCGUGUUUUUGGCUUCAAUGGUCGAAAAUGGGAGUCUGGGACAGCUGCGCAUAGCCCUCCCGAGCUCUGUUUUCACUGGCAGAGGCACCGCAGGUUGGUCCUUCACUGUUUCCAGGGCAGCCCCUCAGGGAUAUCUAAGUACCCAGGCCACGGACCUUGAGUUUGACAUCCCUGUUCUAAAAUCAUGUAGAAACAUUCAUGAAUCAUUCAUUCUGAUUUUUAUUAUACUGCUUACCUUUGUUAAUUAUUGAAUACUGAUUUGAUUUUAAGUGCUAUAUUGAUAUAAGGACAUCCACAUGCAAUACUAAUCAAAUGUCACUUUGAAAUUUCUAAUUCAGUUUUAUACAACCUGUAAACCUCUGAUGCCUUUUUAGCUCUUUUUCCUAGCUGGUGCUUUCAUAUAGCUCUUGAAAUAAAUAAACAAACAAUAAAAGGAAACUCAACUUACUUUUCAGGGUUUUAAGGAGCAGUCAGGUUCUCUCAAGCAGUAAACAUUAUAAUCUAGAUACUAGCUUCCAGAAUCCUCAAUGUAUACCAUCCCCCCAAAAAACAGUUUAUUUCUCCAUGACAAAACUGUUAGAUUUUAUUAAAUUUAAUUACAUUUAUGAACAAAAUGAAAUUGAGAGAAGAAUGGCUGGUCUUAUUUACAAUUCUUGGUGUAAAACAGUAUUUGUAAAGGACUAAGGUACUAAUUUCUGAACAUUCUGUCUUCCAGUAAUUUGGGUUUUAAUCCAGGAGACAUGGAUUAAUUUCCAUAAAUAACACUAGUAGACUUCCCUCCUCCUUAAAUCUUCAAAUCCACCCUUCAGAACCCAUUACUUUAUUCUUUAAGGGGAACAUUUCAAUUUUGGAAUUGGGAUGUUCUGAUGGAGAAUUAGGUUAUUUUGCCUAGCUGCAGCCAUUUUUGCCACUGUUUUUGCAUUCUUGACUAAUAUCAGAAGCAUAUAUGCUCCUAUCACUUAUACACUUAUACACAGCAGUAAACUCUUACUGACUAGAUUAAGGCAUAACUUCUGAAUGACUCAGGUCCAUAACACUGGAAGAUGCAUACUCUUACCUGUAAUAUAUUACCUCUGUUAAAAUAACUAAUAAAUUAUCUUUACUUUUGUUUUAUCACUGGCUGAAAUACCAGGAAGCUCUUUUUAAAUUUCAGUUUAUGUUUGCAUUGGGGAAGAAAAUCAGUUGAAUUCCCCUCCAGCUUAUAAUUAACUUUAAGGCUGAUUCAGCAUGUCUCUACACAUCCCAACAGCAUUAAUACAGAUGUUCCUGAUGAAUUUUAAUUACCAUUCUGCUUGAGUCAAGCUGUUUCACUGCUGUUGGAUAUGAUGUUGAAAAUAUUGCUUUCUGCAAGAUGAAUGGAUAUUCACAUCAGGCACAAAAACUGUAUGCAUUUUUACUCCUAAAAUCACGUUUCAUAGAACAAGGCUGGUAAAAAUGUAGCCAGCUUAUGUGAACCUAACUGCUGUUGUUAAUUUAAAGUUCAAGAACAUUGGUUCAAUAAAUGUUUGUGCUCUUUUAUAAUAUUGUAGAGUGCAUGUAACAAUUUUGUACUUUUCUGUAUUUUUUAUUUUCGUUAAAAAAUAGCAAUUCAUUUAAAUAGGGGUAUUGUACAGACAAAGCCUUUAUGUGUGUUUUGCACUUCGUACCAAAACAAAUGAAUAUACUGAAGCUCGUGUUCUAAAG